AUGACAGAUGAUUCUUCUUCCACCCUAACAGUCCAUGAAGAAUGUUUGAAAGGCUUGAAAGUUCUAAAGGACCAUGGUCUAUUAAAAAUACCUGGUGACGAACCCUCCAAUGAGGAUGAUGAUGAUGAUGAUCUGACAAGAAGGUGCCAUGCCUGGACUUCGGCCAAUCCCUCACUUCAAUUCGACCAAGAUGGUUACCUAGUACUUUUGGACAUUGGCGGAAAGCGACUCCAUAGAGGAUUUCCAGCUCCCAUGGAGGUAUUUGCACAUUUUACCAGGUUGCAUACCAUCAAUUUGGCCGGAACCGACUUGCCUUUGGCACAAGUCAUGGAGAUUUUGAAUCGGUUGGUGAAUCAAUUGGAAGGUGUCUUUGUGGGAGGCAACGGACUACGAGUGCAAGGCGGAGUGAAAUUGGGCGAAUGGAUUCCUUUGGCAAAACGAUUGCGAAAAUUGGACGUCCGGUACAACGAUUUGGAAGGCGAUGGAAUGGAAGCUCUAUGUUGUCAGCAAGGCGGUGGCUUGCAAGAAAACCCAUCCGUUCAAUUACUAUACGCCGAAGGAAAUCAAAUAGGGGACAAAGGUGCCAAGGCGAUUGCUAGUUUGUUGGAGCAAGAUUCUCUAUCCUUGCAAGGACUCUUUUUGGGUGCCAACCAGAUUGGUCCAGCAGGUGCCAAAGCCUUUGCCUCGGCACUCUCUCAAAACAAGACAUUGACCAAAUUAUACUUGGAAGGGAAUAAUAUUAGAUUGGAAGGGGCCAAUGCCUUUAGCGAUGCAUUGGAAGCCAUGAAUCAUAGUAAUGGUGCUACUGGGACUGGUGCUAUUGGUAGCACACUCAAACAUUUGUUUGUUGACAACAACAACAUUGGCAAGGAAGGAUCCAAACGAUUGGCCAAAGCUUUGAACAGUGAUACUGCUAUUGGAGAAUCCUUAUUAGAAUGA